AUGGAAAAUUACCCAGUGUAUGCGAUGCAAUGUUCAAGUGAUAUACCAGAUAGGAAUGUUGCUCUCCCGACGAAGAGUAAUAACGAGUGGGGGCCAACAGAUGGCGAACAGGCAUUUCAUUCAGCCGCUUUUCCGGUUGGAAGAAUUCACAGGCAUUUGAAAAACAGAACCACAAGUCAUGGUCGAGUCGGUGCAACAGCAGCGGUAUACAGUGCAGCUAUCUUGGAAUACCUCACUGCUGAGGUUCUUGAAUUGGCAGGAAAUGCAUCAAAAGAUUUGAAGGUGAAACGUAUCACGCCAAGACAUCUUCAGCUUGCUAUUCGUGGUGAUGAAGAAUUAGAUAGUCUCAUUAAAGCAACUAUUGCAGGAGGAGGUAUGUUUUUUAUUGAUUUUCUUGGCGUAAUUGACGCAUUUAAAACAUUGUACGAUCACAUUAUCCUAUUACAUAACCUUAUAAUAAAUUAAAACAAUAGCUUGUUCUUAAUGUACAAAGUUAUAUUUUAAAUGGUAGUUUACAUUAGCUAUAUUAAUGUAAUCUUAUAUCGAUGCAAUUACGAUUAAAUAAUUUUCUUUCUGUGACAGGUGUUAUUCCACAUAUCCAUAAAUCGUUGAUUGGAAAGAAGGGUUCACAGAAGCCAGCAUAA